AGCAAGCAACGAAUCAACGCCACUACCAAAAAAUUCCAAACAACGACAUCAGAAAAUUCGUACUAAACAAUUAUCAAAGCUUCUCUCUGUGUUCUUUUAGUUCGCCGCUGACCCGAUAAUCCAUUUACCCGACCUGGUUUCUAAAACUCACUCUAAGCUUCCGUUGUUCGCAUGAGUUGGGUAUAAUGACCCGUGCCGGUAUCUACCGGAGCCGGAGGGAUACACACGAUUCAGAGACAUCUUCCGGGAAAGGCGGCGAACAACCGUGAUGAGAGUGAUCGUGCCUUUACAAGGAGUGGUUCAAGGCCGUGGUGGUUUAGUCUUGGGCUCUGUAAUUCCUUGUGCUUUCUUCUACUUUCUCCAGUUUUAUCUCAAACGAAACCGGAUAGACGAACCCGAAUCCGACCCGGCUAUUCAGAACUCAGCCUCCUCUGCCAACAACUCGGGUUCCUCGAGUCCGACUCAAUCGGAGCUUAAUGGGUUGUCCAGGUCUCUCUCUCGGGUCAAUAUCACGCCGAGAAAUUCCGGGGCUCACGUUUCUGUUUCGGUUCGGGCCAAUAGUAUCCUCAAAGGUGGGGAUUCGCCGUAUCACCUGGGACUGAGACGGGUCGAGGAGGAUCCGUAUGACGAGUCGGGUAACCCUGAUGGCAUCAUCGAGCUUGGUUUAGCUCAGAACAAGUUGAGCUUGGAUUGGGUUUCUCAAACUUCAAUUGGAGUGCGUUUCAGUGGGGUUGCUUCAUAUGAGCCUCCUGAUGGACUCAUGGAGCUCAAAAUGGGUGUGACAAGGCUCAUGUCUGAAGCAACCAAGAAUGCUGUUACCUUUGAUCCAUCGCAGUUGGUACUAACUUCUGGUGCAGCUUCAGCUAUCGAGAUUCUUUCCUUCUGCUUAGCUGAUUCUGGAAACGCUUUCCUUGUUCCAACGCCGUGCUCUCCCGGAUUCAAUGUGGAUGUUAAAUGGCGAAACGGAGUUGAAAUCAUACACGUUCCUUGCAGGAGUUCUGAUAAUUUCAAUAUAUCCGUGACUGCGCUUGAACGGAGUUUCUCUCAAGCUAAGAAACGCGGUGUGAGAGUCCGCGGAAUCAUAAUCUCAAACCCUUCCAAUCCCAUGGGAACUCUCUUGAGCAGAGAAAAUCUCUAUGCUCUUCUGGACUUCACCCGGGAGAAAAACAUUCAUAUAAUUUCCAACGAGAUAUUUGCUUGUUCGAUCUACGGAGAUGAAGAAGCAGAAUUUGUCACUAUAGCUGAUAUAGCUGAGACAGAAGAGAAUCUUGACAAGGAAAGAGUUCACAUCGUGUACGAUCUGUCAAAAGACUUGUCUUUUCCAGGACUCAGAGCUGGCGCCAUAUACUCCUUCAAUGAGAACAUUCUAGCAGCUUCGAGAAAGCUCACAACGCUCUCACCGGUGUCAUCGCCAUCCCAACAUUUGCUCCUUUCCGCAAUCUCCAAACCGGAAUUCAUUCAAACAUAUGUAAAAACCAGUAGGCAGAGACUAAAGAGAAUCUACUCAGAGUUUGUAAAAGGAUUGAAAGGUUUAGGAAUCGAGUGCAUGAGAGGCAAUGGAGGGUUGUUUUGUUGGGCAGAUAUGAGAGGAUUGAUGUCUUCUUACAGCGAGAGAGGCGAGAUUGAGCUUUGGAACAAGUUCUUGAAUAUUGGUAAGAUCAAUGUAACACCAGGGUCCUGUUGUCAUUGUAUUGAACCAGGAUGGUUUAGAUUCUGUAUCAGUAAUUUGUCUGAGAAAGAUGUGCUUGUAGUUAUGAACCGUAUCAGAAAAGUUUGUAUAACAUGUAAAUCUCAAGAUUGAAAAUGCUUAUCUACA